CGUUAUUAUGCUGCGGGUCAGGCCCCGACGCCGACUCUAGUUCCGCAGCGCAAGAAGCAGAAGGUGAUCUAUCUGCAAGAAGCGGCUCCUGCAGCCCGUUCCUCUCCCGAGACUUCCUCGGAGACUCUCCUGCGGGUCGGGGUGAAUGUCACCUCAGGUCUUCUGGGGCUUUUCGGCUUACUGUACCUGACGUUGUUGCUUAUCGGCUCCCGGAUGGACGACGCUCACGUGGCCGGCUGGAUGCGCGACGCUAUCAAGACGGAGAGUAGUUUCAACUACUCCUUCGUAAAGUACCUCGCCUACGGCUACGGAACGGCGGACAAGGGUCCAAAGGACACGCCGAAACUGCUCACCGAUCUAACAACGUUCGUGAAAAACCUUCCCGACCUGCUUCCGCCGGGCGUCCCAGUGCCAAAGGCUCUCGCGGACUUUGCCACCUUUUUACAGAACCUGGACCCCACCGUGUUUACGAAUUUUCUUUCCGAUAUGGAAGCGUCAGGAUUGAAAUCGUCAGAGUUGAAAUAAUCUGUGAUGCAGAAAAGCGAUACAAGCUGGAACCCAGUUUGCAAGUGGCGCAACACAAAUGCUGGGAGCAUGGAAAUUCAAUUUGUCAUGCUGUUUGAGCAGAGAAGACUGCUUCUGUCAUGCUAUUUGAGCAGCUCUAUCUCACACCCCAAACAGGCUUAUAAUCGGCCUCAGUUGCCUGCUCUGCAAGACAGGCCCUUUGCAUCUAGCAUUUUAUGCAUCGCAAACUAUUUCAACUUUGACGAUUUCAAUCCUGACACUCCCAUAUCCGACUCGGGCGCCAACAUGUUUUCCGUGUCUGUCGCCCAGGUGGUACUCAUGUUUGUCCUCGCGCUCGCACUCCAGCUCGCAAAGUGCACGCCGAUGUUGAGAAAGGGAAGCAUCGUGAAGAGAAAAGGGUUGCUCGUUUUCCUCGUUAUCUCCCUCGCGAUGCUGUUUACCGCAUGGGUGUUGCACAUGCUACGGUGGGCGCGCGUGGCGCAGUUGUUCUAUGCUGAAAAUGACAAUGUCUGGUACGGCAUUCAGGCCAACGCCCCGGCCCCGGUCUACCCUGCCGACGGCUCGCCGCCAAUUAUCGAUUUCCCCGACUAUUUCUUCUUUUACCGCGCCGUCGCCGGUUUCCUGUAUGCAAGCCUACUGACCAAAUAUGGAAACAUUCCGACGAAGGAGGAUAUUCAACAGUUUGCGAGCGGGGACAUCGAUGGUGACUUCAACUUCCAACUCGGCUCGGGAGCAUUGUGGUUGUGCGAAAUGUGGAUGCCCAUCCUAACCAUCACGGGAUUCAUCCUUCUCAUCUUGGGCUACUGUAAACUGCCCACGGAGAUGAACGCUGUUGCUGAAAUCAGAAACAAAGACCUCGACUCAGAAGACGAACACCUGCCGUAGAUUUGUUUUCUUUGAUUUUACUGAAGAUGAUGUUGAUGUUUCUUUUUGAGGAGUUUUCUACUUAAUGGGUCGGUGAACAUAAGUCACCAGUUUGAUAUAUGUACAUUGGGAGAUUUUUUUCGUGAAGCAGGGACACCUACUUGAGCCACGUACUAGUACUAUCAAGAAUCCGAUGGAUACAACAAGAGCUGACUGAUGCUAGAUGAAAUGAUUUUCAUUUUGUUGCUAGCGUAGCGGCCAUACCGCAACGUGUACGUGGUGUGCGAUGGGAAUGAGAGAGUGGGGAUUUUAUCAGUUUUUCUUGACUUAUUUUUAGUAGCGAACUCCGCUUGAGAAACUGCGUUUUUCUUCCACUAGCAUGGAACAUGUCCUCGCAGGGUGACAAGUUCAGAAUACACCACACCAUACACUAGUAAAAAGCCGAUAUUACUUGGAUGUAGCUUGCGCCACGAUUCAACAUUGAUGAGUUGAUGCGGAUGAGGCCAAGUAAAAAAUCACUAUCAGCUGACAUAUGAGUAGAUCCUUUUCCUUUUAUCUAGUAGGCAAAACGAAUGCAUGGUGCGAGUUGUACCACACAGUACACGCAAGUGCAAUUUUCUAAAUCGUUACUUUCUUUGCGCAUAUCAAUAUCAGUGUUACUGAAAGUUUUUUAUCACAUUCACAACAUAGUAGUGCAACCGAGCAGGAUCCUUGACUACAAGGAUCCUCGAUUGCACUAGGUCCUCGAGGCCUGGGAAGAAAGAGAGGAGAUUGCACAUCAAGGUGAAUGAGUAGUCGACACGUUUCCUAUGGCGGACGUAGGCUUCUCAACUCGUUUUGCGUAUACCAAAAGCGAUUCGAUAUCGAUGGACUCCAUCUUGGAUAUCGUACAGAAUCAGAGUCAGUUCUUGUAAUCGU